GUGUGUGUGUGUGAGGUAGCAUCUAGGGAGUGAGUAGCGGGUGAGGUGAGGUACGAUUAAAAAGGUGUUUCCUCCUUUUUUCUGUUUAUGACAUAAAUAAAAGUGGUUGUUCUUCCCCUCUUUAGCAGCGGCUGAAAUUGAAGUAAGUAAGGGUUGAGUUGAUUGAGGAUAUCUUGAAAUUGUGAAUCUGAUUUUGGGGUAUGGGUGGCGCCAAGAAGCAUGGUGUGAGAUGGUUGUUGGUGGUGGCGUUAUUGGGGUUAUGGAGUGUGUGCGUGGAAGCAGAAGCAGGAGCAGGAGGCAAGAGAAAUGCAUACGCCACCAUGAUGUACGUGGGUACACCCAGAGACUACGAAUUCUACGUAGCUAUACGCGUCCUUCUCAAAUCGCUUGCUACGCUCGACGCUCAAGCCGAUCUUCUUGUCAUUGCUUCCCUUGAUGUCCCUCCUCGCUGGAUUCGAGCACUAGAGAAGGAAGAUGGUGCGAAAGUAGUAAAAGUGGAAAAUCUGGACAACCCUUACAAGCACCAAGAUAAUUUCGACAAGAGAUUCAAGUUAUCGUUGAACAAAUUGUACGCGUGGAGCUUGGUGGAUUAUGACAGGGUUGUGAUGUUGGAUGCUGACAACCUUUUCCUUCAGAACACGGACGAGUUGUUUCAAUGUGGACAAUUCUGUGCGGUCUUUAUCAAUCCUUGUGUGUUCCACACAGGACUCUUCGUCUUGCAGCCAUCAAUGGCCGUGUUCAAGGACAUGGUUAAUGAAUUGCAGAAUGGGAGAGAAAAUCCCGAUGGUGCUGACCAGGGUUUCAUAGAUAGCUAUUUCCCUGAGUUGCUUGAUAAACCAAUGUUUUAUCCACCACCUAAUGGCACCAGGCUGGAUGGAACAUACAGGCUUCCUUUAGGUUAUCAGAUGGAUGCUUCUUACUAUUAUCUUAAACUUCGUUGGAGCAUACCCUGUGGACCAAAUAGUGUGAUCACAUUCCCAGGGGCACCAUGGUUGAAGCCAUGGUAUUGGUGGUCCUGGCCUGUCCUGCCAUUAGGCCUCCAGUGGCAUGAUAAACGUCGCCAAACUUUAGGGUACGGAGCUGAGAUGGCUGUGAUAGUUAUUCAAUCAGCAAUAUAUUUGGGAAUAAUAGCAAUGACACGUUUUGCAAGACCAAGCCUCUCAAAGCUGUGCUAUAGGCGUUCCGACAAGAGCAUAAACUUGGUGCAGAACAUCCUCAAAGUGUUGGCACUGUGGAGCAUUCUUGCGGCAUACACAACACCCUUCUUCAUCAUUCCUCACACGGUUCACCCUUUGCUAGGAUGGCCUCUCUACUUGCUUGGUGUCUUUGCAUUGUGCUCUGUUGCAAUCAAUGCCUUUCUGCUGCCAAUGCUGCCAGUGUUGAUGCCGUGGCUUGGCAUCCUUGGUGUUUUGAUGGUCAUGGCUUUUCCUUGGUACUCUGAUGGGGUUGUUAGAGCGUUGUGUGUUUUUGGCUAUGCAUUCUGUGCUGCACCCUUUGUGUGGGCUUCUAUGACAAGGAUAAUGGCCGGGCUUCAUCAGUCUCUGGAAAGGGAAGCUUUUCUGCCAAGAUUAGGAGAGUCUUCACCACCUUCUUGGUUUAACAAGUUGUAUUGAGCUGUGUCAAUGCUUAAUUGGGACAUACAAGACAGGGUCGUUGGAAAUUGAAGGGGAGGAAGUGCCAUGGAUUUAGUGCCAAGAGGGGAAAUUAUACAUUGUUUUGGAGCGAGAGGACCAUCUUGCACCGAGUUGGAUUGAAGGAGGAACACAAGGGAGUUAGUGUGUGUAUAUAAAGAUUGUUUUGCUACUUUUAACUUAUAUCUGUAUCAAUUUCACGAUUGGAUCUUGUAUUCAAAUUUUUAACUUGUUAGACAAUGAGAUAGAUGACAGACUUCGGCAUGAUUCA